GUUCCCUCCCACCUCCGUCACGAUGGCGAGAAAAGCAUUACAGAAGGAUCAGAUUGUCAAACUGAUAGUGGGCGCGGGCCAGGCGUCGCCGUCGCCGCCUGUCGGUCCCGCGCUGGGAAGCAAGGGCGUCAAGAGCAUGGAUUUUUGCAAGGAAUUCAAUGCCCGCACCGCCCACUACACGCCCGGCACGCCCAUCCCCGCGCGCAUAACCGUCCGGCCCGACCGCUCGUUCCACUUCUCGCUCCGCACGCCGCCAACCGCGACGCUGCUGCUCAGCGCCGCCGGCGCGCCGGCCAUCAAGUCCAAAAUCCGCGGCGCCGGCAACGUGCCAGGGCCGAUGAACAACCACGAGGGCGCAAAGGGAAAGACAAGUGCGAAUUCCCCGACCAACGGCAAUGCGGUCAAGGGCACCGUCGGGACGGUCAGCUUGAAGCAUGUUUUUGAGAUUGCGCGCAUUAAGCAGGGGGAGGCCCGGCUGAGGGGGUUGAGCUUGGAGGGCUUGGCUAGGAGUGUGGUGGGGCAGGCCGGGAGUUUGGGUGUCGUGGUUGUGCCGUAGGGAAGUGGGGGAAGGAGGGCUUAGAGGCGACGAUGUGUGGUUUAGUGAGGAGAGAACGGGAGGAGGAAAGGCAUGAAAAAGAGGGAGGCAUCUGCAUAUCAAUGGCGUUGGAUUAUCCGAAGUGCGAGGAAGGGAGAGCGCAGCAUCACUUAUACCCGUGCUGUAUAUUGCUGUACAAAGAACUGUAUCAAUAUGGGCCAGCUAUCUCGGUAGCUUGGCAGCGAUGAAUAUUAC